AUGGGAAUCAUUGAGGAUGUGUUAGGUAAGGAUGACGAGUUUAUUUUUUCCAUUGAUUUUGUCAUUCAAGAUGUAGACAAGGAUGUAGAGGAAAUGAUGCACAACAAGCUUUUCCAGGAGUCAUUGAAUAAUCCUCAAGAAGAAAAUACAACCCCUCUACACAACAAGGAUGAAAUUGGAGGACUUGUCAUUGACAACGUUGAUUGCAACAUCACUGCAAAUCAUGUUUCUUUCAUGGAUGGUCCCCAAAUGGAAGUACAUCUGCAACGAGGGGGAUAUUAUGGCAGGCAUAAGACAAGCAUUCAAAGAUGGUGUGCAUAUUAUGGUUACGGCAACCUGCUAACUUCAAUUCUUGAUGACCAAAUUGAUAAGAAAGAUAGCCAACAUCAAACCUACAUUGUUCAUGUUCGAAAGCCCAAGCACCAUGAGUUGCUCAGUGAUGAAGAUGUAGAGCAUUGGCAUAGAUCAUUCUUGCCAAACACUACUCUUGAUACUGGUAAGCCACGGUUGGUUUACUCCUAUCAUCAUGCGAUCAGUGGAUUUGCUGCAAGACUAACUUCAGAAGAAGUGAGAGCUAUGGAGUCGAUGGAAGGGUUCUUGAUGGCCCGACCAUCUAGGUUAGUAAACCUUGCCACAACCCAUACACCAAGUUUCUUGGGUUUAGACCGUCAGACUGGUUUAUGGCCUCAAUCAUUCAUGGGGUCAGGAGUGAUCAUUGGUGUUGUUGACCAUGGCAUCACUCCCAACCAUGCUUCUUUCGUGGAUGAUGGCACAAUGCCACCUAAGCCACUCAAAUGGAAGGGGACUUGUGGCUUUCACAACAAAACACUAUGCAACAACAAGCUCAUCGGAGCUAUGGCAUUUAGUGGCUCAAGUAGACCUUCACCAGAAGAUACAAAAGUGGGACAUGGAUCACAUGUUGCUGGUAUUGCCGCGGGAAAUUUUGUUGAUAACGCUGAUAUUCUUGGGUUUGACAAGGGCACUGCAUCAGGCAUCGCACCUAAAGCUCAUCUUGCAUUGUAUAAGGUUUGCCACAAAACAGGUUGCACUACUCCAAAUAUUGUGGCAGCUAUAGAGGAAGCCAUUAAAAAUGGAGUGGAUAUUCUCAAUCUUUCCCUAGGAAAUUUAGACCAUUCUCCAUUCUAUGAUGAUGAAUUGGUGAUUGCAACGCUUUCUGCUGUUAGAGCAAAAAUAUUUGUCUGUAUAUGUGCAGGAAACACGGGCCCUGAUCCAAGGUCACUUUGGAAUAAUGGUGCUCCAUGGAUGCUUACCGUUGGAGCUAGCACCCACAACAGGAGAUUUAAAGCCAGUGUCAAACUAGGCAACGCUGUGGAAGUUGAAGGAGAAUUUGGCUAUCAGCCAAGAACGUUCAAUGCCACAGGUAACAUCGUCUUCCCAGGCUUUCAAGGUCAGAAUGGCACACUAGGAUGCUACAAAACCUCCUUCAAAAAUGUUGAGGUAAAGGGAAAGAUUGUUCUAUGCUCAAAUAAAGGUGGAUACUACAAAGACUUGAGCAUCAAUGUCAAAGACGCAGGAGGGGUGGGGGUGAUAGUGUUGAAUAGAUAUUAUGAAGGACCUACUACUUUCUCUGAUGAUCAUGUAGUUCCAACAGCUCAUGUCAACUAUAGUACGGCACUCAAAAUUGUGAAUUACUUCCUAAACUCAAGCUCAACUGCUACGGCAACAAUUUCAUUUAAUGGUACAAUCUUUGGAGCUCGACCAUCUCCCACAGUCGGUUCCUUCUCUUCAAGAGGUCCACAUGCUUAUAAUGGUGGCAUAAUAAAGCCAGAUAUCCUUGGACCUGGGGUGAAUAUCAUUUCAGCUUUUCCAUCUAAACCUGGACCAUUUGCAAAUGUCCCUCCUGCAAGCUCGUAUUUCAACACUAUGAGUGGUACAUCAAUGGCCACACCUCAUCUUACAGGAAUUACUGCACUACUCAUGAACACUCAUAAGAAUUGGUCGAUAGCAGCAAUUAGGUCAGCAAUCAUGACAACUGCUAAUAGGUUUGAUCUUGAUGGAAACCCAAUUCUCGAUGACGCUGACAUGCAAAUCAAUCAUGCAAAUACAAGUGACAUGGGUUCAGGACAAGUGAACCCCCUUGCAGCCAAUGACCCUGGACUUAUUUAUGAUAUAAACCCAGACCACUACCUUCAAUACCUUUGUGGCCUAGGAUACAAUGAUACACAACUGUCGAUUGUUGCCAAAAGUUCACUUCAAUGUUCCAUUGUUGGCAGCAUUGCUCCAGAGAAUCUUAACUAUCCUUCGAUAUCAAUAUCUCUAGAUCCCUCAACAACAAAGUCUGUCCAUCGCACACUAACAAAUGUCGGCGAUGCUAAUGAGCUUUACAACAUAAAUGUUGAAGAACCAUAUGGAAUUAGUGUGGCUUUUUCUCCAACUUCAGUUCAGUUUUCAAGUAUUGGUGAGGAGAAGAACAUCACUCUUGAAUUUAGUAGCAAGGGAAUGCCUUUAAACAAAGGUAAUGUCUGGGAUGGACAACUUAAACUGGACUCUGGCAAGCAUUAUGUGUUCUUGCAUAACCUGAGAAAGUUCCUCUUCUCCACUUGUGUUGAUCUAGAGUUAAAGAGAACAUUGUAUAAAAGGUUAAGACAAGUCGAUCUCAGAGAAACAGAUUCAGUGGAAAUCAGAAUUGAGUUUGAUCAAAAUGAACUAAUGGCUGGGAAUUAG